AUGAAGGAGCAGUUUGAGCACUUCGUUCAAACCGACCUCUUUGUCAGCUUGCCCGCUGAAACAGUGCUCACUCUGCUCCGCAGCGAUGAUCUCUCGGUGGGAUCUGAGGAGCAGGUCAUUUGGGCCAUUGCGCGCUGGGUGGGCGCCGGUGGUGCUGCCGAUGAUAAAAAGCUGAGAGCGCACGCUCCGAAAAUGCUGAAGGAAGUGCAAUGGCAGCUGACGAGCCUGCAAUGUCGCAGUCGCCUGCUGGAUAGUUAUCCAAUACUACGGAAAAGCCCCGAAUGUCUGUAAGUGUGUGCCAUUUCAGCCCUGUUAGUUUGAGAUAAAAGUUCUCUUAUGCUUCAGGUGGAGCAGUGGAUUGGCGCUGCAGAGCAGGACAAGCCUCCUUGCCCCUUCAAUAUGAGGCAACGUGUACGCCAGAAGUUCUUCCGAUUUAGAGAUGACAAGGAACCAGUCAUCGCUGCUGCAUACCCCCUUAUUAGGCCUGUGUCUCGGUUGCGACCACUUGCACCAGCGGUAUCAUUAUCAUCACCGUCGUCGUCGUUGAAACCACCAUCAUACCAUACCCUCUCUUCUCUCUUGAGAAAAACGUGAAUACUCGGAUCACCACCACAGCCGCUGCCACCGCCACCGCUAUCACCUCCACCACCAUUCCUCGUAAUCAUCCUCGAUUUCCUCCUCCUCCUCCUCCCCCUCCUCCUCCUCCUCCUCCUCCUCCUCCUUCUUGCUUAUUCUUCUUCCUAUUCUUCUUCUUCUUCUUCUCCUCGUCUCCAUCGUUCUCCUCAUCAUCUUCUACGUUCUCUUCCUGCUCCUAUGCCUACAUCUCGAUGCCUUCGCCAGUAUGA